AUGCCAUACAGCACUCGAGCAACAUCCGGUGGUCGUGGAGGUGGUCGUGUUGGAUCAAGCACCCGCAUCCGACAUGAAUCCCAGUCUUCUCCUCACCGUUCCGAUUCUUUCGAAGACGAAGAUGAAGACUCCGACGAAGAAGACCCUUCAAUACCAGCAACCAUUGUUAAGAAGCGCAAACGGAAGACACCAACCAUUCUUCCCACAAUCCACAACUACCACGAACUUGGCCUUGAAUGGGGCCAAACCCGGACACCUGCAACGUCUCUCUUUGAAGCUCAAGCACUUCAAGCUCAAUACAACUUAGACAAGACAAUGCUCUGUGUAGCCGAGGGAAUCAGCCGAUCAACACUCAAUGCUUCGCUGUAA